UCCUGGAUUCGUCCUCGGUGAUGGAACACCGCGGCAUUUAACACCUUGCUCCCGUAACCCUUCGCUGGGCCGAGUCGGGCGCGGAGCAGGGAGCACAGGCGUACAGGGCGGGGCGGGCCUGACCGGGCCGCCAUCCCGACAGCGCCUCAGUGGCGAGGUCCGGCGGGCGGGCGCUGCCCGGCAGGCGGCGCUGUGGCCGCCUGCGCGCCUCUCGGCUCCUCUCGGAGCUGCGCUGCGAGGAGCCUCCGUGUGACCGCCAUAUUGGUGCCCGCGCCGCAGCCUCUGCGCGUUGUUCCUCCAUCUCCUGCCGGCGCAGCCGAGCGGGGGAGGGGACGUCGGCGCCGCCGGGCGGGAAGCGGGGCGAGGAGGCCGCGCGCUGCCGGGAGGAGACGGAAACAAGUAGGGCUCGCGUCUCUCCACGCCCGCCUCCUGCGCCACCCGCCAUGGCGAGGAGGCCCGGCGGCCCCUGAGCGAGGCGCACACGCACACACAGACCGAGACUCGCUGUCUCCUGGCUGCGGCCCGGCCGCCAUCAGCGGAGAGAAGCCGCCCGGCUCCCGCCUCUGCCGCGACAUGGAGGCCGUGAAAGCCUUUAAUAGCGAGCUGUACUCGCUAAAUGAUUAUAAGCCACCCAUUUCUAAAGCUAAAAUGACACAGAUCACCAAGGCAGCAAUCAAGGCUAUAAAGUUCUACAAGCACGUUGUACAGAGUGUUGAGAAAUUCAUUCAAAAGUGCAAACCGGAAUACAAGGUACCCGGGCUGUAUGUCAUUGACUCCAUUGUAAGACAGUCCCGACAUCAGUUUGGGCAAGAAAAGGAUGUGUUUGCUCCAAGAUUCAGCAAUAACAUCAUCAGCACUUUCCAGAACUUGUACCGUUGUCCUGGAGAUGACAAGAGUAAAAUUGUUAGAGUGCUAAAUUUAUGGCAGAAGAAUAAUGUAUUCAAGAGUGAAAUUAUUCAGCCUCUCCUGGAUAUGGCAGCAGGAAUUCCUCCUCCAGUUGUGACCCCUGUCUUGCCCGGCACUACAGCUGCUAUGAGCAACAAUACACCAGGAACACCUGUGACUCCAGUUACUCCAGCCAAUGUGGUGCAGAGUUUACCUGAUCCUUGGGUAUCUCAGAUUGCUAAUACAGAUACCCUUGCUGCUGUUGCCCAGAUUUUACAGAGUCCUCAAGGCCAACAGCUUCAGCAGUUGAUACAGACACUGCAGAUACAGCAGCAGAAACCUCAGCCUUCACUUCUUCAAGCCCUGGAUGCUGGUCUUGUCGUUCAGUUACAGGCCCUCACAGCACAACUUACAGCUGCAGCUGCUGCUGCUAACACACUUAAUCCACUGGAACAGAGUGUCUCUUUUAAUAAGCUGAUGGACAGAUUUGAAUUUGGUGAAGAGUCUGAACAAAAUGAAGAGCCUAAAAAGGAAACUCCCACUUCUCAACUGCCUUUAGUACCAGAAUCUGUGAACAACUCACUUUUUCAUCAACUAGCUGAACAGCUACAGCAACAAAAUUUAGAACAUCUCAGACAACAGCUUCUGGAGCAACAGCAGCCUCAAAAAGCAAGCCCUGAGGAGAAUCAAGAAGGAAAUUUUGGUUCAGAACACUCUGCCUCACCAUCACAAGGGAGUAGUCAGCAGCAGUUUUUAGAAGUGGAAGCAAAUGUAGAUGAUUCAAUGGAUAUUCAACAGCAGGACAUGGAUAUAGAUGAAGGACAGGAUGUUGCCGAAGAGGAGAUUUUUGAACAAGAAGAAAAGAAAUCAGCUGUUCGUUCAAGAUCAAGAACUCGUUCAAGAUCUCGUUCAAGGUCACCAAGAAAACGAAGGUCUAGAUCACGGUCUGGUUCUCGUAAGCGUAAACACAGAAAACGUUCACGCUCAAGAUCGAGAGAAAGGAAGAGAAAGUCGUCUCGGUCAUAUUCCAGUGAAAGAAGGGCUAGGGAAAGGGAAAAAGAACGUCAGAAAAAGGGAUUACCUCCUAUACGGUCAAAAACACUAAGUGUUUGCAGUACUACUCUUUGGGUAGGUCAAGUAGACAAGAAGGCUACGCAGCAAGAUUUAACUAACUUGUUUGAAGAAUUUGGACAAAUAGAGUCAAUUAAUAUGAUUCCCCCAAGAGGUUGUGCUUACGUCUGUAUGGUUCAUAGACAAGAUGCGUAUCGUGCUCUUCAGAAACUUAGUUCUGGGUCCUAUAAGAUUGGAUCUAAAAUUAUUAAGAUUGCCUGGGCUUUGAAUAAAGGUGUGAAAACAGAAUACAAGCAAUUCUGGGAUGUGGAUCUGGGAGUUUCAUAUAUUCCUUGGGAGAAAGUAAAAUUGGAUGAUUUAGAGGGCUUUGCUGAAGGUGGCAUGAUUGAUCAGGAAACAGUAAAUACAGAAUGGGAAACAGCCAGAAGCUCUGAAGCUGCUAAAGAGAGUACUCAAACUACACAGAGUGCAGCAGUUGAUAAGAGUACUGUUAUUACAACACAGACAGAAGCUUACACGCAACCAGUCACUAUGCUGCAGAUUCCAGUAGCUCCAGCUGUGCCUGCUGUUAGCUUGGUUCCACCUGCAUUUCCUGUCACAAUGUCUGUCCCUCCUCCUGGUUAUAGUGCAAUUCCUCCUCCACCCUUCUUGCGAGCAAGUUUCAACCCUUCACAGCCACCUCCAGGUUAUAUGCCUCCCCCAGUUCCACCUGUGGUCCCGCCACCUGUGGUCCCACCACCUGUUGUCCCACCAGUUGUUCCAACACCUUUAGUACAGCCUCCAUUACCAAUUGCACAAGAGACGAUGAAGGAUGUUCCUUUUACUAGCCUUGUUCUACCAGUUGGCACAGUGGCUAGCAAUCUAGUUACUCCAACGUUAUCUGCUGGAAGUGUUUUUAAUCCUCUGCCAAUCAGCAAACCAGAAUCAGAUGAAAAGGGAUCACAUCUUGCAGACCUUCAGAUUUCUUCCAGUGAAAACAAUAGAUCUGUGCAAAAUGAUGUCUCAAGCAGCUCUGGACUUGUUGGAGGAGUUCAACCGCCCAAUGUCUCAAGCAGUUCUGGACUUACUGGAGAAGGGCAACCACCUAGUGUCUCAAGUAACUCUGGACUUGCAGGGGGAGUACAGCCACCCAAUGUUUCAAGCAGCUCUGGACUUGUAGGAGGAGUGCAACCGCCAACUGUUUCAAGCAGUUCUGGUCUUGCAGGAGGAGUACAGCUGCCUACUGUCUCCAGUAACACUUCUCUUGCUGGUGGAGUUCAGCCAGCCAGUGUCUCAAGUAGUUCUGGACUUAUUGCUGGAGUGCAACCACCAAAUGUCUCAAGUAGCUCAGGACUUCUAGCUGGAGUGCAUCCACCAAGUGUCUCAAGCAGCCCUGGCCUUUUGACGGGAAUGCAGCCACCCAUUGUCUCAAGCAGCUCAGGAGUUCUGUCAGGAGUACAGCCACCUAGUGUCUCAAGCAACUCUGGGCUUCUUAUAAUGCCACCUCCCAAUGUUUCAAAUAAUUCUGGACUUAUGGGAGUGCCACCACCAAAUAUUUCAAGUAGUUCUGGACUUCUGGCAAUGCAGCAUCCAGCUGGGGUUCAAAACAUGCCUCAUUUGAAUAUUAAUAGUCAAAGGAUGCCAGGGAUGCCUCUCAUAGAUAUCCGUCCAGGUCUAAUACCUCAUUCACCUGGACCAAGGUUUCCAUUAAUGCAACCAGGAAUGCCACCACAGCGUAGUAUUCCUCCUCCAACCAUCCUCGAUCCAUCUCUGCACCCACCGCCUCGAGGCCCUUUUCCUCCAGGAGAUAUUUUUAAUCAAACAGAAAGACCAUUUGGAACACCAGGAAGACAGAAUAUCGAUAGCAUUUCUAACCCGGAGAAAAGACUACAACUUGGAGGUGAUAAUAUUCAGCAGGAAGGAGACAGAGAUUAUCGCUUUCCUCCAGUGGAAAAUAGAGAUAAUCUUAACAGACCACCUUCAGUGGAUGUCAGAGAUUCUGUUGGACGACCCCCAGUUGAUCCAAGAGAGGGUAUAGGAAGGUCUCCAGUAGACGGAAGAGAACAUUUUGCAAGACCACAUGUAGACAUGAGAGAAAAUUUUGGAAGACCAGGUAUAGAUAACCUUGGUCGAAGAGAGCAUUUUGGUUUCAAUUCAGACAAGCACUGGGGACAGAGAGGGGAUUAUGAUGAAAGAGAGCAUCAUCCCUUCCCUAUUUACAGUGGCCCUAAAGGCUUCCAGGAAGACAGAGAGAGGUUUCGGCAUGUAAACUAUAGGUUUGAUAGCAGAAGUGGUCCCAAUUGGAACAGAGGAUUUGAACAAGAUACUCACAGAGAUUUUGAUGACCGCAGAAGACCUUGGGAAAGACAGAGGGAUAGGGAUGACAGAGAUUUUAACUUUUGCAGAGAAAUUAACGGGAACAGGUUUGGGAGAGACAGAAUGUCAAACAACUGGAUCCCCCCUCCACAUCCACGGGUUUUUGAAUAUUUUGAUGGGGCCACUUCCCAACGCAAAGCUGAUAAUAUGCCCCAGGUAAACGGUGAAAAUGCAGAGACAGAAGGUCAGCCACCAACUGCACAAGUGCAGGACGAUCCAGAACUUUAUGAAAAACUGACAUCUUCCGUCGAGAUAAACAAAGAGAAGAGUGACACAGAAGCUGAUAUAGAAAGUGAACCAGUGGUAGAAAGCACAGAAACUGAGGGGACAUAAUCAUCACUCAGUAGGUAAAAGAUACCUUUUGUAAAGUUGUCAUCUCUCUGUAAUAGAUAAAUGGCUGACUGGACCGUAGCAGUUCACUUUUGUCUGCCAGAAUUAAGUUAAUCUGACGUUCAUCUUCAUCUUUCACUUAAAUAACUGUACAACUGACUUGUAUAGAACACUGUUCUUAAUUUGAAGAUGGUAGGUAAACUUUUUUUUUAAUUUCUCUGGUAAAGCAUAAACUUUCCCCCACUUGCUUUUAAUUUCACAAAGAUAAAACAACAGCUUGUCAAACAAAGACUUCCUAUGGAAGAAAAUGGAAUUUUUUUAGAUACUACCCUUAGGCUGGCUAUUGAAAUUGUUAUACUUGAAAACAGGUGCUGGUGUAUCUUGUCCAUGUUUUUAGGCUGCUGCAGAUUUUAAAGUACAGACAAAGCUGUGAUAUUUUAUGUUCCUACAAUUCGGCAGAAAAAGAAAUGGCCCAUGUUAUUUAAGGAGCAUAACACAGAGAUUAAAAGUGAUUUUGUAAAAUCUACACUAUAGUCUCUGUUUUCUCUAAAAUAAGUGUUUGUGAUUUGUUCCUCGUACUGCAGUGGGUUUAAAAAAAACUGAAAAAGUACAUUUUAAUGUUGGGUGCAUUUUGUUUUUAGAUGCCAAUAAAGCAUAUUUGUUUGAUAACAGUGUUCUAGGUAUUGUAUUUUUUUAAAAAACCUGCAAGCUCUAAAAACUUGGAAUCGGCAAUGAAAUGUUCUUAGCUAGUUGUUGCAAAAGGUUUCUAUUACUUUUGUAAGACCAAUGCAACAAUUACAUGUGCAAGAAGCAUAUGGUUUUUACAUUGAAAAUCAUGCAGUCAUACUAGUUGAUGUAAAUAACAUAUGUAUGUAAAUAUUUGUGUAAACUGUUUUGUAGAUACCACUUUUUCUGUGCGUGCCUGUGUAUGUGCACACACUCACAGAAUACUGUAGACAGUUCAAUAAAAUUGAAAUGAAAUUAGGUUGCAAAAAUUUGUCUUUCACCUUCAUUAGGUAGUAAGAUAACAAAACUUAAUUCACUGCAGUACUGUCCAGCUUAUAUGUACCUUCUCAUGCUCAUUGUUUUGAUAUUCUUACUACUUCUGGAAGGUGGAACGUGAUAUACUGUAAGAAUGUACAGUUGGAUUUUAGCUUACUUUUAAGAAUGCAGAUAUGCAUGAAACCAAAACUUAAGCAAAUUGUCUUAUUUUGUAAUAUAAUUGAUAUUCUUGCUAGAUAGUGGUAGUAUUCCAGUACUUCGUGGUUAUUUGUUUUUAGUGACUCAAAUCCAGAAGUGUUGCACGAAAAGUAAAAAGCUGUUGUUGGUCUAAAAACCCCUAUGUGUUUUUAACAGAAAUAAGGAGGAGCUUCGUGUUUUGAUGGCUUAAUAUUGAAGUAGAACCUCUUGUUAAAUUGCCGAGAUGAAUUGGCUGUUUAGGUAAAUUAAUAGUGCUAUUCUUUUCUGUUUCACCUACUUUGCUGCUUAUGUGUCUUUUAAAUCAGUGGUGAAAGAUUUGGCUAUAGGGUAAUGCCAGUUUUUCAAUUUGUUCAGCUCCAGUGCAUUUCACCAACUUCUUUCAACGUAACUUUUGUUAAAAUUCUGUCUGAAAUCAUCUUUUCACUCAGUUUUGAGAAAAUUGUUUUGCAUAUGGCACCCGGGGUAGAUUCUGUUACAUGAAUGCCCCUUUGAUAGAAGAAACAUUUUUGCUCAGUUUUGAUCUUCAACAUUAAAGUGUUAAUAUGCAAGUUUUGAUUCCCUUUCUGCUUCCCCCAAAAGGAUGAAAGUAUGAGAAUGUCACAUGAGUGAAAAGCUUAAGCAUGCCUUUGAACGUAGAGGCAGGUUACGCAUGGGUGUGUUGCCCUUACCCUCUGAGAGGUAGGGUGUUUUUUCAUGCUGUAUCAUGGUUCAGUUUUCCAAUUGCAGGGACUUUUAUUCUGGAGAGUAAACAAACUGUCAGCUUAAUGAAGGUAGCCCUUUGAAAGAGUGGACUUGAAUGACUGAUUCUUCACUGUGCUAGUAGUAGUCAUUAGGAUGUAGUGAGGUAUGCAUUAAAUAACUAUUGCUUUGUAAUAGACCUUCCUGAUGUGUUUAUUACUAGAACGUGUCUCAGGGGAUUGAGAUGAACAAUGUUUAAAGUAGAAGAACCUUCAUGAGCAGACUCUGGCUCAAAGAACUUGAUUGAUGCUGCUGCACCACCUAAUAGUAGUAUUUGGGUCUGGCAGAUAUGGUUGCGUGAACAUCUAAAUGCACAGAAUAGCUAUCAAGGAUACUUUAUGAACCAGAAGAAUUUUCUUUAUUUCAUUUCAAUAUAUGCAGUUUGAAAAGGCUUCAGUCAUAGACCACAUAAAUACUAGGAAUCCCAACACAUAUGGCAGUAGCUGUUCUUGCAAACAUUUUGUUAAAUGUCUCUAAAACUGAAAGUUAACCUGCGUUUGUUUUUCUAAACUGAGACUGGCAGUAUGCUAAAUUGCUCAUAAGUGACAGUUUUAGCUAAAUUAGCAGGUGAUAAAUGUUAAGCAAUUUGGUUGGUAGUGGUAUAAAACAAUGUAUUUUUGAUUUUUGAUCUUUGUUAAUCUUUUUGAAGCAUUAAUAAAUUGGCUACUGUGCAUAUGUGUUACACCAUCACUUCCUAACAGGUAUUUUAUUUUUUUUGUAGAAUAAAAUUUUGUUGACAGUCUUCAGUUGCAUCAUGGUUAUAGCUAGAACUGUUCCACUUUUUAUGUUAUUAAUGUAGUGUGCAGACAAAUAUUACCAAAAUAACUGUAUUCAGAAACUCAGAAGGGGACUGGGUUACCAAAAGAGUAUGGUUUCUUUAUCUUGCCAGUAGGAAUGUUUAAAUCUUUCAGAGUUUGAAUGCAGACUCUCUUUCUCACUGUACAUUAAGUCAUUGUAAGCCAACAGGUGCACUGAAAGGAGCUGUUUUGAGAUCCAGAUCAGUUCUCUGAUGCAAAUCACGGUAGUGACAUGUGACUUGGCGGAUGCAAAGGAAAGAGUGAGAAUUGGAUAGAAGGAAGAUAGAGGCCAGGCAUUUGGGCAGCAGUUCUGGCUUAUGCCUGUUUAAAGCUUUGUCUAGUGAUGAAAUGUGUUGAUUCUAGCAACUGGAGAAGCUGAUCUACUACUUACAUAAGUAACAUACAUAUUGAAAAAUACUUCAAGUAGCUUUGCAGGCAACAGUAUAUUUAGGCAUGUACAUAUACUUGAAAACCUUAUGCAUUAGUAAGUUAUUUGAUGUAUUUAAACAGACUGUGAUUCUGAUCUUCCACUGUACUGUAUUUGAGCAGAAUGCUACAUCCACAAAAAUAACAAAGGUUGAAACAUAGCCUUUGUUUGCUAUAAGGAUAUGAUUUCUUUGCUGAAGCCUUGUUCUAUGACAUACUGGCACACUUUCCUUUUUAUAUGUAGUACUUCAUAUUAUUAUUACAAACUAAGGAAUAGAUACUGUUUGAUUCCUUUGCUUCAGUAGAGUACUAUAGCAAUCUUCAAGCCAUUUCACUGAUUUUUAAAUGGCUUUAUUUAUGAAGUUAAGGUACUCUUACCCUGAAUAAGGCAAGACUGAAUACUAUAAUCAAGCCUGUAGUGUGGCAUGCACAGACACUACUUAAACACAGUUGGAAGAUUAUAAAAUAAAUGGUCCAUAGGAUGUAUUUAUAAAAUAAGCCAAUUUAUUGCAGAAUUGUCUCAAAAUACAACGUCAGCAGUUUUGAACACAUGCAAGGAGACAUUAUGCCAGUCAACACUUAAAGUAGCUCUUUUCUUGAUUUAUAUUUUGCUAACUCAAAUCUUUAAGUCAUUUCACAGAAUCACAGAAUCUUGAGGGUUGGAAGAGACCUUGAAAGAUCAUCUAGGUUUGAGUUGAAACUGGUAAAAAUGGAUCCCAAAUUUCAUUAUUUGUGCUUUCAGUAAUGCAUUUUAAAAUAACUUAAUAAUAAGGGUGACUUUUUUUGUCUCUUAAUGGGAGCUGAACAGAUUUAAUUUUUAUACAUGUUCAAAGUAUCGGAAAUCAUCAAGAUUAACUAGGAAAAUUUUUUAUUAUUAUUAACUCAGGUAAUGAGAGGAUCUUUCUGUCAACAGCUGUUGGCUGCUUCUUGGAAUUUUGCAUUAGUCACAUUUUCCUUUCAAGUGCUGAGUGUCCACAAGUAAGCAUGUUCUGCAGAGCGAUCUACUCAUGUAGAUAAGAAAUUGAUUUAAAAGACAUAAUGACAGGAUAGUCUUUUUUAAUUUGAAGCUGUUUGUUUGAAGAAUGGCAAAAGUAUCUUUCCACCAUGUCAUUUUACGAUAUCCAUUUGCACCAGCAGAAACUUUGCAGGGGCAGAGAACAUCAUAUUGGAAAGGUUUCUUAGUUGUAACUAGUCUUAACGUUUCUCCUUGAAGGGUCUUCCUCAUGGUGUUUUUCACUGCACCUAGUCUUUGUAUGUGUUCUUUAGGUACUCAGUAAACAUUUUGAUUUUUAUUAAGAUAUGUACAUGAUACUUUAGAGUAAAAACAAGUCGAGGAGAGCUACCUAAAAGAAAAUUCGUGACAUCUCUUUGAGAGUAGUAACUUCCAGCAAAACGGUAUAGCAUCUAAAAAGUGGUUCCUGUCAGGAUGGUGUGAAAGUCUGUUAGUAGCAUUUUUAUUGAAGUUCUUGUAUUCAUUUGUUAUGCACAAACUUGGUGAAAAAGAGUGGUCUCAUUGAAUAUCCUGCUCUUACUGUCUUUUAGAUGCUCUGCUGCAAAAGUUAGAGAGAUUGUUAAGAUAGGUUUUACAGUUGAAUAUAUUUUUCUCUCUAAGAAGUUUAAAAUGCAUGUUUCAGCACUUGCAUAGUAACAGGGAUAUUAGUGGUGUCCCCAGUUUACUAAUCUUAUUCUGUACUUCAUCAUUUUUCUUUUAAAGUUAACUCACUAAUCCUAAUUUCACAUUUUCUCCUCUUCCUCUCAGAUGAAAUCAUACUAGUGCCUUCAAACAAGGACUAUUUUGAACUUUAAAAGAAAAAAUCUGGUGAUAGAGUAUCUCAAGCUGUCAAUGAGAUAGUUGAACAUUUAUUCUUUCCUGAUCCCAUGAUUUAAUGCUGCGAUCUUCCUCUUGAAUAUUCUCCUAUAUGCAUAUCUCUGUUAUAGUGUGUAUGUGUUCACUUUAACAUGUAUCAAUCUCUCUCUUGAUAUGAGGAAAAAAUGUGAGUGUUUCCAAAUGCAAUUGUGUGCAAGCCAGUGCAAAAAAUCAUUAAUAGGUGAAAAAUACCGAGUGGAUAAAGAAUUAGUUACUCAGACAUAGGUUAGUAGAAUUCACGUAGGCCACAGACCCAGGGAAUUUGGAUCUCUAAGGGAAAGGUUAUAUUAUAGAAACGUAGAAUGAUUUGGGUUGGAAAAGACCUGAAAGAUCAUCUACUUCCAACCUGCCUACUACGAGCAGAGACACCUUCCACAGGACUAAGUUGGUCAAAGCCCCAUCCAGCCAGGCCUUGAACAUUGCCAGGUAUGGGGCAUCCACAGCCUGUCUGGGCAGCCUGAGCCAGUGCCAUGCCACCCUCACAGGGAAGAACUUCUUCCUUACAUCUAAUCUAAGUCUACUGUCUUUCAGAUUAAAGCCAUUUCCCUAUGCUGUAUCUCUACAUGCCCUUGUAAAAAGUCCCUCUCUGACUUUCUUGUAGACUCUCUAAGUACUGGAAGGCUGUAAUUACAAUUCUAUCUGGGAAAAUAAGAAAUACAGCCUUUUCUUGAUGACAACAGGAUUUAAAUGGAAAUCAUCUUAGUGUUUAAACUCCUUUUAAAAAACCCAUUUGCCUUCAUGUAAUCAAAGGAAGUUCUGUCAUUGUCAUUUUUCUUGAUCAUAGGAAACAGCAUAAAUCUAAUAAAAUCUUAUUCAGCAAUGCAGUGAAAUGCAGUUUUAAGUGUGCCUUAAGUUUUUCCAUCUGAGAAGGAGCAUUUAUUUCAAACUGAAGACAAAAAUGUCUGAAGACAUGCAUUUUUUCCAUUGCAGGCAAUACAUUUUUGUCUGUAGAAUUUGAAAUGUAAUUUUGGGUUCAGUGAUUUUGUUCAAGAAAAUCUUUUUAAUUUCAGUAAGUACAGAAAUACUAAAUGGACACUUAGCUUUGAAAAUGUUUACUGGAAGUUAUGCUAGUCUGUCCAUUUCCUCCUUCAUUUAUUUUCACCUGCUUGCAAUACAUUACUUUGUCAAGUGGUGCCAUCACGGAAUUCCUCUUACCACAAGUUAGAAAUACCUUUGAAAUAAGCAAUUCAAUUGCAUGAUGGAGUUAUUUAAAUGAAGGACAAUCAUAAGGCUUUCUUUUGAAACUCAUGGAUUUCUUGUGCAGUAUGACUACCAAUGUAGGAAUUUCAUGACUCAGAACCUUACUUUUCCAGCUAUUUGUGAUUAAAAAGUCAAAUACUGAAAACAAAUUUAAAUGCUUACUGACUAAUUUGGAAAUUUGUUAUUU